AUGGAGAAUAUCAAACACAAACACAUCCGCACAAACGGCAUAAACAUCCACGUGGCGGAGAUCGGCGACGGGCCCGCCAUCCUGUUCCUCCACGGCUUCCCCGAGCUCUGGUACACGUGGCGCCACCAGAUGCUGUCUCUAUCCUCCAGGGGCUACUGCGCCGUCGCCCCCGACCUCCGCGGCUACGGCGACUCCGACGCGCCGCCGCGGUCCUCCAGCUACACCGCCUUCCACAUCGUCGGCGACCUGGUGGGCUUGCUGGAUGCCCUGGGCCUGGACCGGGUUUUCCUGGUGGGCCACGACUGGGGAGCCGUCGUCGCCUGGUACUUUUGCUUGCUCCGGCCCGAUAGGGUUAGGGCUCUUGUGAACAUGAGCGUUGUGUUUCAGCCUAGGAACCCGAAUAGGAGGCCCGUGGAGUCGAUGCGGGCCAUUCUUGCUUUGCUUGUUUACACCCCUCUAACUGAACCUGGGGAGGCCGAGGAGGAGUUUGCCCGUGUGGACACCAAAAGAUUGAUCAAGAAAUUCUUAACGUCAAGAAAUCCAGCUCCUCUUCGUGUUCCGAAAGAGGUUGGAUUUGGGGGCUCGUCUCAAAAACCAAUUACGAUGCCCUCUUGGUUAUCGGAAGAGGAUGUUGAGUAUUACGCAAGUAAAUUCAAUCAGAAUGGAUUCACUGGUGGACUGAACUACUAUCGAGCAAUGGAUUUAAAUUGGGAGCUCAUGGCACCAUGGACCGGUGUACAAAUAAAAGUUCCCGUAAAGUUCAUUGUUGGGGAUCUCGACUUAACUUAUAAUACACCGGGUGUGAAGGAAUAUAUACACAAUGGUGGGUUCAAAAGGCACGUGCCGUUUUUGCAAGAAGUGGUUAUUAUGGAAGGAGUUGCCCAUUUUAUCAACCAAGAAAAACCAGAGGAAGUUAAUCAACAUAUUUACGACUUCUUUCAGGUAUUCUGAUGUGUUUUGAGCUCUUAUAGGCCAGGUAAAAUCUAGUUGGAGUUGAUUAUAGGCCCACCAUAUUGUGUUUAUAUGUUGUAUUUAUAAUGUGUUUUAUGGGAUUUACGACGAUAAACACUGUAAUGGUUCGGACCGUAGCCCGUUUGUGUAAUGUGAAAACCUACCUUUGUUAAUCUCGGAGUUGAACACGUUGUUUGUUUUGUCUGUAUGAUAAGUGUUGAUAACAAA